CGUCACAUAUAGAGGGCGGUGGCAAUAGAGAAUUAUUUUUUUCAUGAACGCCCAGGCGCGAAUUGUAGCGCGGGAAAAGUUUUAGAGGCUUAGCCGCUUUGUAUUUACAGUCUGAAGGGACUGUUCUGGGAGCGUGGAAGCAGAAAGUAAAAGUUUAUCAUUUUGUAGCGCAUGUUCAUUUUGGAAACGCAGUGUAUAGUGGUUCAUAUUUAAUCAACCAUAUUUUGCUUUAAACUAUUAAAAAAAAGGUUAUUCUGGAUUCAUACAGAAAGGUGAACUGGAAGAAUAUUUACAUUAUACAGUAGUAAGUUUAAUGUAGCUUUUAUAUUAAAUAAAGUGUAUAUCGGAUAUACUUUGAGAAUUAUACCUUUUAGGUUAUUUUUUAAAAAUCUUUUUCCUAAAAUAAUGGCUGACAGCAAACAGCCCCAGAUGAUUUUUUGCAACGAUUCUCCAAAAAGAGUGUUGGUGUCUGUCAUUAAAACUACUCCGAUUAAACCGAAGAAGAUUGAGACCCUCAUGCCGACGAGCCCAGGAUUCAGCGACUUCAUGGUCUAUCCGUGGAGAUGGGGAGAAAACGCCCAUAAUGUUACUCUGAGCCCAGGACCUGUUAACGGAGCUGCAUCUCCUACAGGGAGCAAGACUGGAGGCGAGGGGGACCCCGCUGUCAACCCAGACUACUUAAAGGAUGGGAUUCGACGUGGGCGCCCGAGGGCUGAGACUGUUCGAGAGCUGAUAAAUGAAGGAGAGAGCUCUUCCAGCCACAUCCGCUGUAACAUCUGCAACAGGGUGUUUCCCAGGGAGAAAUCCCUGCAGGCCCACAAGAGAACGCACACAGGUGAAAGACCUUACCUGUGUGACUACCCGGACUGUGGCAAGGCCUUCGUUCAGAGCGGACAGCUGAAAACUCACCAGCGGCUGCACACUGGGGAGAAGCCUUUCGUUUGCUCAGAAAACGGUUGUGGAAACAGAUUUACACAUGCAAACCGUCACUGCCCAAAGCAUCCCUAUGCCAGGCUGAAGAGAGAGGAACCGGCUGGAGGGCAGGGUAAAUCUCAGGCUGCUGACAACAAGGCAGUUGCUGAGUGGCUUGCAAAGUACUGGCAGACCAGAGAACAGCGCACUCCCAACCCUAAGGGAAAGGGGCUACAGAAGGCAGAUCAAGAGCAACAGGACCCACUGGCGUUCCUGCAGUCAGAGGAGGAUGAGGAGGAAAUGGAGGCGGUGGAGGAGAAGAGUGGGGCAGCACGCCGCCGCCUGCAAGAGCAGCGGGAGCGACUGCAUGGGGCGCUGGCUCUCAUCGAGCUCGCUAACCUGUCUUCCUCCCAACUCCGCCCCUAAACGGCACUGCCCAGGGCAGCAAUCUUCACCUGUGCCCCACUGCGAUCCCUAAGCCAAUAGCUCGUGGGGGGGCAGAAGCUAAAGCACCUUAUUUUGCUUACAUUAGGCUGCUAUUAUGUAGAAUAUUAUGAUAUGAAGAAUGUUGUGGUCUCCUGCACUUAAAUAAGGUGGAGAUGACGUAUGUUUUUUUUUUUGUUUUUGGUUUGUUUUGCACUUUUGGUAAAGAAUGAUGUAAAGUACGAGUUUAUUGUAAAUAUAUGGGUUUAACUAUGAUGGACUGCGCAAUGCAGGGAGCAUACUGGAAAAUACAGUAUGGAGGCCUAGCCAUGGCUUUUGCAAGCCUAAUGCAAAUCACCUACAGCAAUUCAUAAAUCAAGCACAAAUUAAGGAAAUGUCUUUUACAUUAAAAGACAAUAACCUAGAAUAAUUCCAUUGUGAAUCCCAUGUUUGUUUCACUUCUGAGAUUGAUCCUGCCCUCUACCCAGACUACACCCAGACUUCCAUCUGGAUGUGACCUGAGGUAGAAAUAAAAAGAAAAGUGAAUUGCCUCUCUAGCUUUUAACCUCUAAGCCACAAAGCCUAAACACGUAAAAGCACUUCCUGUUGAUCCAGACAGCACAUUUUUAACCUUAUUUAUUAUUAAUUUUCUGCUGUGUGAUCACAGAGUGCUUAAAUAAAAUACAAAUAAGAAGAGUGAAGGUUAAGGGUAAUGUAAUUUACUUUUUGUUUUUUUAUAAAAAAAUAAAUAAAAAAAAAACAUGUUUUACUGAAAUUUGGAUGUUGCCCAAGAUUCAGAUUCAUGCCUUAUUAUUCCUUAAAGUCCUGUUGCCCAAGGGUCAGGCAAGAAAUAAACAUUCUUUUAUUUUUUAUAAA